UAAAAACAUCUAGUCCUAAACUUUUUCCUCCCUUAAGUACUUAAAUAACUUUUCAUGCAACGCUAAUACAUAUGUAUCUCGCAAGUGUUCGAAUGUGUUUCAGCGGUAGUGUAUAUCUCGAGGGGGAGCGGCGAAUCUGAUUCGACGGGAACUAGCGUCGCGUAAGUUCAAAGUUCGGCGCCAAUUCAGCCGGUGGGCGUCGCAGCCACGACGAAGGCGUCGUCUCGCGGGGGGAACGUGAAGUUUCCCCUCGAGAAGCGUCGCGUAGCCGCCGUUCGCGUCGGAGCCGGACAGUAUGGCUUCGGCUGCCGGUACGUUCGCGUUGGUGGUGACCUUCCACGGUGUUGAAGUGCGCUGUCGGCCGCGGGUGUGCGUGCUCCGUUUUAAGAGAACGAGAGAAGACUCGUGAAAGACGGACGCGACCAGGAAGAAGUGAUCAUCGUUACGCAAACCCGAGGGGCGAGAGUGGCAACGAACACGGCAGAGAUGCGGCGAAAUGUGAAAAUCGUGUUGCUCCUGUCAUGCGCGUGGAUGUUCGCCUUUGUUUACUACUACCACACGUCGCGGGACACCAAGGUAGGAGACGUGAACGCAAGGAGCUUUAGGAUAGGUGAUGCAACCAAGCAGACGAACGAAAACAGAGCCCUGCGACUGAAAGAACCGGCGUCGUUGUCUCUCUCCGCCGGAAAUUCCGGCAGCUACGUGGACCCAGAUGGCACCGCCAUUGUGAUGUCGUCUGAGCUACUGCCUGCCCCCACACCAGACCCAAGAGUAACGUGGAACUACUUCGACGAGCAGGGGUACGUCUCGAGAGGAGGUCUCCGAGCAGGAGAAGAUCCAUACGCGAGGAACAAGUUCAAUCAGGAAGCAUCCGAUGGACUUCCGAGCAAUCGCGAUAUUCCAGACACUCGCAGCGCCAUGUGUCGAAUGAAGCAGUGGAGGAGAGACCUCCCUCCGACCUCAGUCAUAAUUACGUUCCACAACGAGGCACGGUCGACGCUGCUCAGAACUGUCGUGAGCGUGUUGAACAGGAGCCCGGAGCACCUAAUCAAGGAAAUUAUUCUGGUGGACGACUUCAGCGAUCAUCCUGAGGACGGCGAAGAGCUUUCGAGAAUACACAAAGUGCGAGUAAUACGGAACGAGAAGAGGGAGGGUUUGAUGAGGUCGAGGGUGAGAGGCGCGGACGCAGCGACCGCGAGUGUACUAACGUUCCUGGAUUCGCAUUGCGAAUGCAACGCCGACUGGCUGGAGCCCCUUUUAGAAAGGGUGGCGGAGGAUCCAACCAGAGUCGUGUGUCCCGUCAUUGACGUGAUCAGCAUGGAUACUUUCCAAUAUAUCGGGGCUUCAGCAGACCUGAGAGGAGGGUUCGACUGGAGUCUCGUGUUCAAGUGGGAGUACCUGAGCCAGAUCGAGAGGCAAGCCAGGCAAAAGGAUCCCACGCAAGCGAUCAGAACCCCGAUGAUCGCUGGCGGCCUGUUCGUCAUCAACAAAGCCUACUUCGAGAAACUGGGGAAGUAUGACACCCAGAUGGACGUUUGGGGUGGAGAGAACCUUGAGAUAUCGUUCCGGGUGUGGCAGUGCGGCGGAAGCUUGGAAAUCAUUCCGUGUUCGCGCGUCGGCCACGUAUUUCGAAAACGCCACCCCUACUCGUUCCCUGGGGGUAGCGGAAACGUAUUCGCGCGUAACACCAGACGCGCGGCCGAGGUGUGGAUGGACGAUUACAAACAGUUCUACUACAACGCGGUGCCUCUGGCGCGCAACAUCCCCUACGGAGAUAUUCAGGACAGGAUGGAGCUGAAGCGGAAAUUGCACUGCAAGCCCUUCAGCUGGUAUCUGAAAAACGUGUAUCCCGAAUUAGUUAUACCUACCAGCGAGGGGGGGCCAGGGGGGUCCCUGAAACAGGGAACCGCGUGCCUGGACAGCAUGGGAAAUUUACUAGACGGAAACGUGGGACUUUAUCCGUGUCACGACACCGGCGGCAACCAAGAAUGGGGCCUAACGAAGGACGGUCUGAUAAAGCACCACGACUUCUGCCUGACCCUGCCAGUGUACGCAAAGGGCACCACGUUGCUAAUGCAGAUCUGCGACGGCAGUGAGAAUCAAAAGUGGAGGCACCUCGAGGGUGGUCUGAUCCGACACUUUAGGAUCCCGGUGUGCGUGGACUCGAGAUUCCAAGCUCAGAGGGGAAUCACCGCUGAGAAAUGCGACUCGAACGCCGAGACCCAGAGGUGGCACCUCUACAAUCAUAAUCACUAGCUCGUGACGACGAUCCCCGCCUCGUGAAGAUCGCGCUGUCGUCGUCACUCUCGAAGGACUCAAGGGGUGCGAUAUCUGAUCCGAAGAAGCAGGAUCGAUCUGAUCCGAUCGAGCGAUCUCGUCGGGCCGGGAUUCGGGCUUCUCGAACGAACUGGUCGAUGAUCCGCCACUAUUCGUCGUUUCGUUGCUGAAACGGAUCUUAUCGAUGAAGCAUGAACAUUUGGUGAUCACUCGAUAUACUCAUGUGUGUGACGAGACUGUCUCAAGAGAUUCGAAUGUUCACGACGUUGAACGAGGAGCAUAAUGGGAGAAGGAGUUGACAAGGCUCGCGAGUGAGAUUAAGGAAAACUUGGAAUUGAAUUCCCACGUACAGAAGGGGCAAACGAAUUUUAUGACGGAAGAACAGGCUGUUAUUUUUUCUAUUUUUUUCUUUUUAGAGUAGGCGGCAGUUUCUUAGACGUGGCGAGAUCGGAGGAACGAAGUUGAAGGGAAUCGAGGUACUACCGUUGGCGCGCGAGAAGAAUGAACUCUUUUUGCAUAGUUUUUGCAUUGUUAGUCGGAGUUCUCGAUCGCCGGUGGCCCCCGAGGUCCUCUUGGCUGCGUGGGUCUUAGAGAAGAAGAAUGAACUCUUAGUCGUAGCCAUAUAUGAUGUACAAAAAGCAUCUAUUGGUAUCAUUUUGUCCCACAGACACGUGACUAAACGAUAUACGCCUACCAAAUCACGCGUGUAUGCUCCUAGAGAUCAGGCAUGCCAAUUUCCAGUGUCUAAAGAAGUCCUCGGCAUUUGUUACAUUUAUAAAAAUUAGAAAAUUAUGUGCUUAUUAUAUUACACCGUCCCUGAUGACGUCCUGAGUUCGUUCACUGUAGAUGAUUUUAAAGCGCAUUGUUAAUUUAAAGUGGGUGCUCGGUGACAAUCAACGUGUCAACGCGAUGGUGCUGAGUUCAUUCUUCUCACGCGUCAACGAUACUUCACUCUAUGCGGACGGAAUUGCUUCACGACGGUGAACAAAUGCAACAAGUUUAUUUCAAUAGACUGUAUUCGUGGCAAGUAAGUAUUGCCAGAUUCUUAAAACUAUCCAAACCCUCUAUUGCAUAACGAAUUCAAUAAAAUGCCUGCAAUGUUUGCAAUGGAAAUUCGACAAGGCUCGCGCAUGGUUUCCUAAGACAACUGAUGCUGCACGUUUAGCUCAAACAUUAAUUCCUUCACGAAUGUUCGAGCAACCUAAAAACGAUAACUUUUUCGAAAGAUAAAAUAAAAUUCACGACAAUAGAGGGUUAAAAUCGUUCCGAGGAUGCAUUCAGGAACGCAUUUACAUCGAUUUCCAUGAUCUCAAAGGAUUCCCCGAUACCUGUUCAAUUAUUAUCGCGAAUAUCACUUCGAAGCAAAAGGAAAAAAAAACCUGACAAAAAUACUCCGAUAUAUCUGUAAUUUUAAGCGAACUCGAAUGCACCGUGUACUUUCAACUUUUAUUACUCGAAUAUCAUUUAACGAACAUCGAAGUGUCUCGUUUAAUUGUAAGGUCGCUUCACGGGCAGCUGAAACAUUGUUUACGACGAUUUCCACGAUCGACAACGAUUGAAAAAAAAAAUGUUGGCUCGUGGUCCGUUUUCCCAUCGAUUCCUUUCAUUAUUUCCAUGGCCUCGAAUGAAAAUUGCGAAGAGCUAUGGUUUCCUAGGAUUGGCUGUAGCUGACUAUUGUUUUUAAUUGACAUUUUAUUGUUUGACGUAUACGCGGGCCACAGCGUCGACGUUCAUUGUCUCCAAUCCAAAGGACGAAUCGAAUCGUAGCGUGAAUCGAACGCUUCUUAGAUCAAAGGCGCGCGCGCUACACGAUUCUCACAAAGAGAUUUAUUUUUGUAUAACGAAUUGUAUACUUACUUGGUUGUGCGAAUAGUUGGGAAUUGCGGUGUGCUCUCGCUCGGGGACUCGACGCGUUGUUAGGCAAUGUCUCCAUUGUUCGUAACCCUUAAACGACUCUGUGAUUUUACUCUAUGUAAAAUAGAAAAAGCAAUGCUCGAAUCAUAUGCGAUCUUUUUGGAAAAUAUCAAUACUGAUGUGUUUAUUACUUACAUGAUCGAUUAAUCGAUAGCAUUUAUUAUAAAUAAUAAUGGUGCGAACAUGUCAGGGUAAAUAUGCUGGUUAAUCUAUACAAGCAUUGUCAAACAGAACUUAUGGUAAUUUAUGAUAGAUUAAUUUUAAUACGAUUAGUCACUAACAUCCUACCUUGACACGCUUGAAUAAUUCGUUUGACGUAAAAUUAAUAUUAAUAUUCUUUGACUCAGCUUAAUCCUCCGUUCUUCUUAUCUAUUAGUAUUAGUAAUUGAAACGCACAAUUUUCUUUCAAUGUAUGUUACUAGAAAACAAAUAUUUAAUUACUUCUAUAAUAUACUUGAUGUUUGAUUUGCAUAUUAAAACCCUAUCAGAGAAAUUAUAAACGCUUCGUUUGAUAGUGCUCGCAUCGAGUAACCAGCAAAUGAAAUUGUCUGACAAAUGAACACCAUACUAUUUAAAAAAACACAGAAGAAUUAAUAUACUUAUAACAGCAGAAGAUCUAUAAAUUCCUACGUGCUCCAUAAACUGGAGACAAACAUAUCAACUUAACUGACUCUGUAAAAAUUUAGUUCAAGCAUAAGGCGCUAAAUAACCUCAGGCCUAAAUUAUUUAAUUCCAGUCCAUUCAAUAUAUAUAAAAAAUCACAGAAUUAAAGAUGUUAAAAAAAGGGGUAGAUUAAGAUGGAAAGCAUCAAUUCAAUUGAAUCAAUGAGAUAUUAACGAAAUAGUGGGGCUGGAUUCUUUGAACCCUGUGAGGUCGUCUAAGGGCUGACAUAGAGGGUUUCUCUUUCGUAAAAUUGAAUGAAAUGUCUGAGCAAUUGUCUGCAACGCGUCGAGACUAUCGAAACCGGGAAACUGUGCGACUAAAUGCAGCAAUACGUAGCGAAGAACGAUCUUUUGGACACCAACAGUUUCCCGACGACAGUGAUUCAAUGCUGUCAUUUCGCAUUGAUACUACAUACGUAUAUAGAUAUAGCAUUUUGUAUGAUAAUAUUAUACGAACGCGCUCUAAUUGCUUCUGCAUUCGCAGCUCUGUAAAUGUAAGGAAUUGAUCGAAGGAUUGUUUUUACUCGGAAGUCGGAUCGUCUGUGUUGUACUAUAGUGAUUGAGACCACGCGCAAUCCAGAAAUACAGAUUCGACGUGGAAUUAUUAAGAAUUUACGUUGCCAGAAUUGGAGCGCUGUACAUAUAUAAUCGGCGACAGUCGUGAUGCAGAUAUAAGUGGUAUAUUUAUUUACAUUAAACAUUUUCACGGGCCCUUGGAUUAUAAGGUGCUCCUCGAUUUUGGAGAACACUGGGACGUAGAAAUUUUACACCUCAUCUGCCCCACGAUUACCGUCGCAGUCUUUGUAUAAGUUUUUUAACUUAGAUUCUAUACCUCGAUUAUUGUGAAACGGUUUAGGAAAAUAUUCAAUUUUAUUUGAACCUUUCGACCUACAUUUUUUUAAACAAUUAUUGCGCACGACGACACAUUCAUUUAAUACUUAAGUUUUAUUUAACUCCUCGAAAGUCUCCCAAAGCUAUGGACAACGCAUGAGAAGAGCAUGUAGAACGAAAAGAAAUAAAUACACGCGUAUGAGCUACAGUUGCGUCAAAAUCGAUUGGUCGUUCAAGAUCACUUCUCAUGGUAUGAAUUAAAACCCAAACACGAUUCCUACUCUUACACCAUGUCUGUAGGUUUGCUCGAAAUGAUGAAAGAUGGCGGUGACAACAUCUCAUAGUGGGGUAGCUCCUCCUUCACCUUGAGUAACCAAUCGAUUCCGACACGAUCACUACGGUUUCUUUCGCUAUCUAACCGCGCGACUUACGAACCUGUAAAACAUCUGUUACGAAGCUGUAAAUACUUUUACGUAUUCGAUUUUAAUCGUCGAACGGCGAAAGUUAGACAAACAGAGCGCAAGGCGGAGCCGGGUUAUUCUGGGCCCAUGGUAAUUCUUUACCCACAUUCCAAACAUAAGCUCACUAAUCGAAUUCUUAUCUCAAUACCUCAUCCUACAUUUUUCAACCAUUUAAUACGAUUCUCUUUAAAAAAAAAAAAGAAAAGUAGUAUCAGCGACUAACGAUUGAGAUUAAGUGAAAACACGAUUACGAAAUACGUUAACUUCAACGCGAAUACUUUGCUGUUCACUGCUUUCGUCGCGCGCUUCGCGAGUCACGAGACAUUAAUCGCAUAAUGACUGUAAAUAAUGUGUCUACGAUAUAAGCAUAAGGUAACGAAACGUCGUACUUCCAUGAAUCUGUAAGCUGUAAGAUAACGAGCGAUUCAAACCUAACAUUAAGGUAGCAAAGUAAUCCAGUCGGUGUGCGAGGCGUGUCCGAGAGACGAGACGAAUUUUCCGCUCGACGCGAAUAAAAUAAGAAAUGCACUGUACAUUAAAACGAACAUUUCCAGUCUCUCUCGUACGACGCGUUCGACUAUUUGUUAAUUUUCUAUUCGUUAAGACGAGGCCUCGUGUUCGAAAACGCCAUGUUCUUAAGAUGAGGCACGUAUAUACGUGAUUCAAACAUGGAGUCCAAAAAUUUACGGUAUUUCACUAUAUUGGAAUCAACUCUCUAUAACCAAAUGUGACUUUAAGGUACUUUGUACCGUAAUUUUUCGAAGCCUGAUUUCACCUUCUUUUUAGUAUGCCUCGGUGCCUGUAAAGCAAUAGCAUGGCCACCCUACAAAGCAAUCAAUCAGUUGAUACAAAUAAAAAAACUUAUUUAGUUUAUAGAGAGUUAAGAAAAUGGCACAACUUCGAAAGUCUGAGAUGUGUAAAAUAUAUUUGUAAAUUUUCGGACACCACAUUUGAAUCGCCCUGUAUAGCAGAGUUUCUCAAACUUCUCUCCAUAUACCCCUGCAAUAAAGAACAAUAUUUGGCGCACUCCCUGGACUAGUACCACAUUUGUUUUAUAUAUAUAUUUUUUAAAACUACCUUUAAAAAAGAUGUAUUUCUUUCUUAAAUGUUUUAAUUGAAUUUGUAUAAUUUUAUACUUCUUAAUUUAAACUUUUUGUAUAUUCUUUACUAAAGCAAUCCAUAACAAAUAAUAUAAAAAAACAAAUGAGUGCACGCACAUAGGUAUUUUUAAUACUACUUAAUGUAUUAAUGUUCUUCAUUAAAUAGUAUUAAAAAAUCCCUAUUAUUUUCCCUAUUACUUGGUCCCAGAAGAAAAUCAAUAAAGUUAAUAACGAAGAUAAAUAACGAAUAAAAAAUGUCAUUCAAAUGGAUGUUUAUAAUAGAAGUAAAAUACUACAAGAAUGUUCUGUAUGCUGAUGUAUACAUAUAUAUUACUGAGAGUUUGCAAACCCCCAUUUGAGGAACACUGCUGUGUAACAUGUUACACA